AUGGCCGACCCCUUUGCGCCACGCUCCAUGAAGCGUAAGAACGUCAAAGGUCUCGCUCUGAAGCAGCCCGCCCCGAAACCUCCGCCGACCGCCGAAAAUGCCGUCCGCAUGGGCCCCGCGAACGGAAAGACGGACGACAAUGCGGCGCAGUUGGAAAUUGGUAUCGAGUUCAACUUGGAUCUAAAGCCCGAGGACUUGGAGAUUAUCAAGGACCUCGGUGCUGGAAAUGGGGGAACGGUCAGCAAAGUCAAGCAUAUUCCGACAAAUACCGUCAUGGCGCGAAAGAUCAUACACGUCGAGGCCAAGAGUGAAAUGCGGAAGCGGAUCGUUCGAGAACUGCAAAUUAUGCAUGGGUGUCACUCCGAUUAUAUCGUCACAUUCUACGGCGCUUUCCUUAACGAGAACAACGAUGUGAUUAUGUGCAUGGAGUAUAUGGAUGUUGGGUCUCUCGAUCGCAUCUCACGGGUUUUCGGUCCUGUCCGGGUGGACGUUUUGGGCAAGAUUGCCGAAGCAACUCUGGGCGGUCUCACAUACCUCUACACGAAACACCACAUCAUGCACCGCGACAUCAAGCCAUCAAACGUCCUGGUCAACUCCAAGGGGUCCAUCAAGCUUUGCGAUUUUGGAGUGUCUGGAGAGCUUAUCAACUCGGUUGCGGACACGUUUGUGGGGACAUCCACAUACAUGGCCCCUGAGAGGAUCCAGGGCGAGAGGUACACCGUGAAGUCAGAUGUGUGGAGCUUUGGCUUGACCAUCAUGGAAUUGGCCAUUGGCAAGUUCCCAUUUGCCGCAAGUGAGCAGCUAUCCGAUGCAGAGAGCGCGCCGGCCGGUAUUCUCGACCUCCUCCAGCAGAUCGUCCAUGAACCCGCGCCUCAGUUGCCGAAGAGCGAUGCAUUCCCCCAGAUUCUUGAAGAUAUGAUACAGAAGUGUUUGUACAAGGAGCCCGAAAGGCGCCCAACACCACAAGACCUUUUCGACCGGGAUCUCUUCGUCCAAGCUGCUAAAAGGACACCGGUCGAUCUGAGAGAGUGGGCUUGUGGCUUGAUGGACCGAGACAACCGCAAGUCUCAUCUGGCGCCCCAACUCUCGCCCGCGACCCAGGAGCUCCUUCGGUCCAGUGACUCCCCAACAUAUGCACAGCAGACCCCCACUUCAUCAUACCGGCAAGCAACCGACCAAGCAGGCCUGGCUGCGCAGGUGGACCGGUUGUAUAUCCGUGAAUGGGAACAUGAAUGA